AUGGCUCCGGCGGGAUUGGCUGGGAUUGUCCUCGUCCUUCACACGGCCGAUGUCCUCCAUGCCUUUGCCAUCAUGGAGAAGGAAGAUGUGUUCAAGAAGACUCCUUGCCCGGCCUUCCUGAUGUUUGAGAAUGCUGCCUACCUGGCCGACAUGAGCUUUGAGUUACCUUGCAACUGCAAACCAGAAGAGGUCACCUCAGUGGUGUGGUACUUCCAGAAGCACAUGGGCAGUCAGCAGACUAGAGUCUUGACGGACUUUGAGGGCACGUUGAUUGUGGACUCCAGCUCGAUCAAGGUGGGCAGCGACAUGCUCCGCCGCUUCAGUAUUAGGAUGUUCAGUCUCAUUGUCUUCCGAGUUCAGGUAGAAGAUUCAGGGCAUUACAUUUGCGGCACGAAGCAUGGAGACUUCUUCUACGGCUAUGAUGUGGAUGUGCAGGCUUCCAAGGGCAUAGAUGUUGCCUUUGCAGACAGAAAUCAGCACCCACAGGAGGACCAUGAUGAAACUCAACUCACAGUCUUCACUGUCUUCUGGGACUGGACCACAUGUAACCGUUGUGACGUCAGAGGUGAGCAGCGCAGAAUUGGUCUUUGCUACAUCAAGAGUGCCUACCUGCUCAGGAGGUACCGUACUACCACAGCGCAGGUAGCCUCCUGUGGCUCCAGCUCCAUCCCAAGGCAGUUCCGGGGUCUCUUCCAGCAUAGGAAGGCUGAGGUGGUUAUCCGAAGUUGCACGAAGCCUUGCAGAAAGAAAAAGUCCUCCAAAAAAGGGGAAGCUUCCAUCUCGGACGUCAUCUCGAAGCUUGGGGAGAAGCCGUGGGUUCCCGACGUGCCUGUGCAGUUCCACAAGCAGUCCCUUGGGAGCGGGUUGAUCAUCUCCUGCCCUGGUGCCAGGCCAGAACAUGCCGUGGCCUGGGACAAAGAUUCAACUCGGCUGUACCUCACCAGGUACCUCAUUAGGAUCAAUGGGAGCAUGAGGGUUUACAUAGACCAUGGGAAUCACCUGCACAUUCGGUUUGCCCAGCUGAGUGACCGAGGCACCUACUACUGCUGGCGAGAGGGGCAAAUGGUUGCUGGUUUCCGGCUCUCUGUGGUGUACGAGAGUCGCCGCAAACGAAGCCUGGAUGAUCCCGAGACCCUGUAUGCGGUCAAGGUCAUCCUCACGAGCUACGUCCUCAUCACCAUACUGUUUGCCGUCAUCCAUGUGGUUCGCUGCUGCCUUUAUGCCUUCAGAUGCACAGCGGUGAAAUAG